GUUGUGAAGGAAGAUGGCGGCUGCCGAGGCUGAUGUUGAUGCAUCACCCCCUCCGAAUGGGGAAUUUCUUGAUUUUUCACCCAGGGAUACAGCUUUGAAAUGGCGCCAUGCUUCCGACCUUCCAAAAGAGAUUUACUGGCACUUGGCCCAGAAUGUGCCGAAAAUUUACUGCCUUGGCCCAAAUUUGAACCCCAAGAGUGAGGACCUCUGGGCUCAGCUGAUCCUGCUGGCGCCCCUGGAGUGGUACCUGUGUGACGAGGAUCCCACCGUCGGCCUGUCCAAACUGGAGCAAGCCAACAAGCCCUCCCAUCUCUGUGGACAUGUCUUCAAAGUUGGAGAACCUACAUAUUCCUGCAGGGAGUGUGCAUCUGACCCUACCUGUGUUCUGUGUAUGGAGUGUUUCCUGGGCAGUGUCCAUAGAGAUCACCGCUACAGGAUGACAACCUCUGGAGGAGGGGGUUUUUGUGACUGUGGGGACACAGAGGCCUGGAAGAAGGGUCCUUACUGUCAGAAACAUGAGCCAAACAUCAGUGACUGGACAGAAGAGGACCCAUUGGCCCACCUCUCUGAGGACAUGAUUGCUCAUGCCUACAACAUCUUCUCCAUCAUGCUGAAGUACGCUGUGGACAUGCUGACCUGGGAGAAAGAGGAGGAAUUGCCCACAGGCUUGGAGCUCUUAGAAAAAGCAGAUACGUAUUACUGCAUGCUGUUCAACGAUGAGGUGCACACCUACGAGCAGGUGAUCUACACACUACAGAAAGCUGUCAAUUGCUCACAAAAGGAAGCUGUCAGCUUUGCCACAACAGUUGAUAGAGACGGCAGGAAAUCAGUGCGAUAUGGAGACUUUCAGUUCUGCGAGCAAGCUAAAUCAGUCAUAGUUAGGAACACCAGCCGGCAGUCUAAGCCCCUGAAGGUACAAGUGAUGCACUCCUCUGUUGUUGCUCAUCAGUGCUUUGGCCUCAAGGUCCUGUCCUGGCUUGGACACAUCAUUGGAUACUCAGAUGGACUGAGAAGGAUCCUGUGCCGGGUGGGGCUGCAGAAGGGUCCUGACGGGGAGAACUCCUCGCUGGUGGACAAGCUGAUGCUGUGUGACUCCAAGCUCUGGAAAGGUGCCAGGAGCGUAUAUCAUCAGUUGUUCAUGAUCAGCCUUCUUAUGGACCUGAAGUACAAGAAACUGUUUGCAAUACAGUUUGCAAAAAAUUACCGGAGGCUACAGACAGAUUUUAUGGAGGAUGAUCACGAGCGUGUAAUGUCAGUGACGUCUAUGUCUGUCCAGCUCUUCACUGUGCCCACUAUGAAUUUUGAACGAUUGCAGAGUGACUUUGUGAAAGAUGACCACGACAGAGAGUUCUCGGUUACUGACCUCUCCGUGCAAAUAUUCACGGUGCCCUCGCUGGCACGGAUGCUGAUUGUGGAGGAGAACCUGAUGGCCACCAUCAUCCGCACUUUCAUAGAGCACCUGCGACACAGGGACCUCCAGGGCCGCUUCCAGUUUGAGCGCUACACAGCACAGCAGGCCUUCAAAUUCCGCCGUGUGCAGAGCCUCAUUGGAGACCUGAAGUAUGUUUUAAUCAGUCGGCCAUCGGAGUGGAGCGAUCAACUCAGGGAGAAGUUCCUUGAAGGAUUUGAUGCUUUCCUGGAGCUAUUGAAGUGCAUGCAGGGCAUGGAUCCUGUAGUUCGCCAGGUUGGACAGCACAUUGAAAUGGAGCCCGAGUGGGAAGCUGCCUUCACACUGCAAAUGAAGUUGACUCAUAUCAUUUCGAUGAUGCAGGAGUGGUGUGCAAGAGAUGAGAAGGUCCUGAUUGAAGCUUACAAAAAGUGCCUGAUCUCACUGAUGCACUGUCACAGUGGCUUCGCAGAUGGGGAGCAGCCCAUCACUCUGAGCAUGUGUGGCCACUCUGUUGACACAAUCAGAUACUGUGUCUCUCAGGAGAAGGUCAGCAUCCACCUGCCUGUCUCCCGUCUGUUGGCAGGUUUGCAUGUUCUUCUAAGCAGAACUGAAGUGGCUUACAGAUUUCCUGAGCAGUUACCUCUUAGCGAGCUGAGUCCACCCAUGUUGAUCGAACAUCCCCUGCGCUGCCUGGUGCUCUGUGCGCAGGUCCAUGCCGGCAUGUGGAGGAGAAAUGGCUUCUCGCUGGUCAAUCAGAUUUAUUACUAUCACAAUGUGAAAUGCAGGGUAGAGAUGUUUGACAAGGACCUCAUGAUGCUCCAGGCAGGUGCAUCAGUGAUGGAUCCCAACCACUUCCUCAUGAUUGUCCUCAGUCGGUUUGAGCUCUAUCACAUCUUCAGUACUGCUGACUAUGGGAAGAGAUAUGGUAGAGAAAACACGAACAAGGACAUGAUACAGCAGAACAACACGCUUAUUGAGGAAAUGUUACACCUCAUCAUGAUGGUUGUUGGUGAGCGUUUUACUCAAGGAAUUGGUCAAGUGCAGGGGUGCGAUGAAGUCAAACGGGAGAUCAUUCACCAGCUCUGCAUCCGGCCCAUGGCGCACAGUGAGCUCGUUAAGGCUUUGCCUGAGGAUGAGAACAAAGAAACGGGAAUGGAGAAAGUCAUUGAAUUGGUCGCUUCAUUCAAGAAGCCUGGGGUGACAGGGAGGGGCCUGUAUGAGCUCAGGCCAGAGUGUGCCAAAGAGUUCAAUCUGUACUUCUAUCACUAUUCCAGAGCAGACCAGUCCAAGGCAGAGGAAGCACAAAGAAAACUGAAGAGGCAAAAUGGAGAAAACACAGCUCUCCCUCCUCCUGCUCUGCCUCCCUUUUGCCCACUUUUUGCCAGCCUAGUGAACCUGUUGCAGUGUGAUGUCUUUCUGAGCAUCCUGAGCACAGUGCUUCAGUGGGCGGUGGAGCCCAGUGGGGGUUACUGGUCGGAGUCCAUGCUGCAGAGAGUGCUGCACCUGAUUGGCAUGGCCCUGUUAGAAGAGAGACAGCAGCUGGAGAACAGCUCUGAGGAUAAUGAUGUUACCUUUAACUUUACUCUGAAGAUCUCCCGUCCAGGUGAAGCUCCCAGUAACUCUCCCAGUGUCUUGGCCAUGUUGGAGACCCUCCAGAAUGCAGCACACCUUGAGGUUCAUAAGGAUAUGAUAAGCUGGAUACUAAGGACUUAUAGCAACAUAAAGAAAAUACGUGAGCAGACUACUCCUAGUCCAAUGUCUGAAACAGGAGGGCAGACCAUUGAGGAGAUGGUGCGGGACAAGGAUAAAGCAGAGAGGAAACGCAAGGCAGAGAUAGCUCGACUGCGCAGGGAAAAGAUCAUGGCCCAGAUGUCAGAAAUGCAACGACAUUUCAUCAAUGAGAACAAGGAGCUAUUCCAGCAGAGCCUAGAAGAACUUGAGGCUUCAACAUCUGCAGCUCUGGAGCACAGCCCCACCUCCCCGGAUACUGCCCUGGUGUGCGUAGGUCCCCGCCGGACCAGGGUCAGCGAGAAGAGGCAGGUGGUGACUUGUAUCUUGUGCCAGGAGGAGCAGGACAUCAGGGCAGAUAGCAGAGCCAUGGUGCUGGCGGCCUUUGUGCAGCGCUCCACUGUAAUGUCCAAAAACAGGAGGAGGCCGUUCCAUGAUCCCGAAACACACGACCCUCUGUUCAUGCACCCUGACCUGUCCUUUGGUACUCACACUGGGAGCUGUGGACACAUAAUGCACUCACACUGCUGGCAGAGGUACUUCGAGGCGGUGCAGGCGAAGGAGCAGAGGCGGCAGCAGCGCCUGCGAGUGCACACCAGCUAUGACGUGGAGAACGGCGAGUUCCUGUGCCCCCUGUGUGAAUGUCUGAGCAACACCGUCAUACCUCUCCUGCCCCUGUCUAGGAGCUGCAGCAGUUCGGCAGAGCAACCCAACCUGAGCCAGUGGCUUAAAACAGUAUCCUGGCAGAUAACGGCUCUUCACUCUUUGCGGAGAAAACAGGACUCAUCCAGUAGUCCAGGGGCUGAUGAUGGAGAGAGAAUGGAUGAGAAUCAGCUUUCAGAGGGAUUCAGACCCGACCUGAUUCCUAUGAACCCUUACUCAGGUAGCAUUAAGGAAAUGCUGACCACAUUUGGGACAGCAACCUACAAAGUUGGCCUUAAGGUCCAUCCUAAUGAGCAGGACCCCCGCGUGCCUAUCAUGUGCUGGGGCAGCUGUGCCUACACUAUCCAGUCCAUUGAGAGAUUGUUAGCUGAUGAGGAGAAGCCUUUAUUUGGAAGUCUGCCUUGCAGACAGGAUGACUGUUUGAGAUCCUUGACGAGAUUUGGGGCUGCAUGCUGGACAGUUUCCUCUCUCACUGUGGUGCAGAACCACUUCCUCAGACUGUUAGCAGCUCUAGUUCCAGAUGAUCAGGUGGAGAACACCCCUUGUAUUCUUGACAUAGACAUGCUCCACUUGCUGGUCAGUCUAGUGCUGUCGUACCCGGCGCUGCACUGCCAGGACUCCUCAGGGCUGAGCUUGGACACGGCGCAGCUGCACAUUUUUCAUCUAGUGACUGUGGCACACAUUGUCCAGAUCUUGUUCACAUCUGUGCCAGCAGAGACAUCAAUGGACCAGGAGAAUGCUUCAGGGGAGGAGGAAUCGGCAGCCUGCUUCUUGUACAGUGUUCUCCGGUUGCACCUGGGAAGUGCCUUAAGGGAAGACCUCUCAGGCUGGCACCUGUGGCACUGUGUAAAGGCUGGCCUCAUGCCGUACCUGCGUGGGGCAGCGGUGUUCUUCCAUUACCUCAAUGGGGUGCCUCCUCCUGUAGAGCUCCAAGUGCUUGGGUCCAGCCAGUUUGAACAGCUGUGUGGGUAUCUUUGUCUACCGCCCAACCCCUUCCAGCUCUACCACGCCAACAGGGAGCUUUACGACCCUCUCUUGCAGGGGUGGUGCUCUCACUCCAGUAUACAAAACUAUCUACAAAGCAGCACUCCUCUUAUAAGCUACCCCCGUGAGUCUAAUCGACUGAUAGAUCUUCCAGAUGAUUACAGCUCUCUUAUCAAUCAGGCAUCAAGCUUCACGUGUCCAAAGUCUGGUGGAGACAAGAGCCGAGCACCCACACUGUGUCUGGUGUGUGGCACCAUGCUCUGCUCUCAGAGCUAUUGCUGCCAGACGGAGUUGGAGGGGGAAGAUGUGGGGGCCUGCACAGCUCACACCUUCACCUGUGGAGCUGGAGUUGGCAUCUUUCUUAGAGUACGGGAGAGCCAGGUGCUGUUCCUCGCUGGUAAGACGAAGGGAUGUUUUUACGCCCCGCCUUACCUGGAUGACUAUGGAGAGACAGAUCAGGGACUUAGACGAGGGAAUCCUCUUCAUCUCUGCCGUGAGCGCUACCGCAAGAUCCAGAAGCUGUGGCGGCAGCACAGUGUCACAGAAGAAAUAGGCCACGCUCAAGAGGCCAACCAGACCCUCGUGGGCAUUGACUGGCAGCACUUGUAGGCUGCCCGUUGCCCAGUGGAGCCGUUCACUUGGCAGUUGACUGGACUGCCCAGUCUUGCUCAGAGCCAGACAGAUAGACGGACUUUGCCCCGUUUAGCCAAGGGGAUACUGAUGCACAGAGGCCAUGGUCACUUGAAAGAGAGGUAUUCUUGACAGCCAGGCUCUGCCUCUGCUUCCUGUAGUCCACCCACUUCCCUCAACAACAUCUAGGUCUGUGCGUUGAUGAAUGCAAGUAGCAUUUCUGUUUGUCUUUGGAUUUUGUUUUAAAUUCAGGGGGCUGCUCCUUCAGUUUCCAUCUUCAACAGUCUUUUUUUUUUUUAAUGUAGUGAAAGAAUUUAGCCAUGCUAUUUGGCAUCAAUACAGCAGAGACGAAUGGAUUAAUCUUUAUUUCCAUAAAAAUAAUUAAUUCAUGUUUAUUCAAAUGGAAUAUUAAAUUAUUUUUAAUUUAGUAUGUUGCUUUUCUGUUGAAUUAUUUUAAACUGAACAAUUGAUAUUGAGCAAGCACAAUUUUCUUGUCGCAUCUAAACCUAAUUCAGAUAAUACUAGAAAAGCUGACAAGAUAUCUGUAAUUUUGUUUUUCCAUUUAGUUCUAUAAAGAAACAAAGUAUAAAAAAUUUCUUAUGUUCAUGAAAGUGAACCUAGGCCCUACAGGUCAUUCUGCUUAGUAUGUUUUUCUCAUUAAAGAGAGCCCUGUUGGUUUGUGAGGCUGAAUGUGCAUUUCUGCAUCAGCAGCAUCUAAGAGAUACCUGUUUAUUCUGUGUUCAGAAUCUUUGAAACAUCAAACUUCAUUGGAGGUCUUGUAUUUCUUGUUCUUAUGAAGAGCAUUAAAUAUCCAAUUUUUUGCAUAGUUUUGUAAGACAUAUUACACAGGCCUCAGCAUCACUAUAUCUACCUAACUGUUCUGCCUGUGAUUUACCUUUUAUACAUUUUUUAAUGUCAUCUAUUUUUAAUGGACACUUCCCUAAGGAGGUAUGUACAGCAUAACAGUAAUUUGCUGCUUAUAAAGCCCACAGAAAUACAAAGUGAUUUUGUGAUGUCUUGAAAAUAAAGUACCUGCUGUUAGACUGCAAACGUUUUCACAAAUAAGCAAGCUUGAAGAAAAGUCCAAUUUUGGAAAUGUACUGGUCAUUGAAUGUAGCUAAAAUUACAGGGCUACAGCAUACUUUAAUGUACUUGCCUAUAAUGGGGGGUUGUUUACCAUAUAAUAGGAGUUUAAGAUGUUUUUUGUUAAGAUUAGGAAUGCAGCAGUUCACACUAUCAUGAAUUGGCUAUAACAAUCAGACAGCCUGUGCUAAGUGCAGUUUUACAAUUUUUUAGCACAAGGCCUCAGCGUUUAACAAAUUCAGUAAGUGUUGAAUUGUACUGCGAACUCACCCCUACACCUGACCUGAAUUCCAACGGAAUUUGUUGAUGCUCUCUGUGCUGGUUUCUAAAUAACAUUUCAAGGGGUUUUUGCAACUUUGCACCAAGCUCAAAAACUACUGUAAACUGGUUCUAUCAGAGAAGGAUUUAAUUGAAUUACUUCUGAGAAAUGAAUCAAGGUGCAGUUUCAUUUUAUUAAAGGUUACACAACAGAAAUGAUUUAGAAAUGGAGAUCAUCGAGGUCUGUUUGAUCUCACAUAGCUAAUUCUAAUUUAAUCUUGUGUUUCUAAAUAUAUAAAGCCUCUCUUCCUAAAAUUAACUAUAAAAUUUGCUUAAAGAGCCCAAUUUCACUUUAAUUUCACUGCAACUAAAAGUGAGAGUAAAUAAGGGUCAAGAUUUAUAAGAACAAAUUAAUGAUCCACCGAUUAGUUUAUUACAAUUAUAGCAGUCCUAUGUAAACAGCACAGAAAGACUGGGUCUAUAAGGUGUAAAAAUGUUUGCCCAUAAAUUAUCGUUUGCAGAAUGAGAUUUCCUGGGGGAAGUAUAACGUUUUAAAUGUAUGAAAGGUAACAGUCUUCCGUAUUUAACUAGAAUCUGCUAGUAUGUGAAAAACCCGUCUCUGCUUGAGAGUUUGGGAGCUGGAGUAGUUCAGGUAACUAGUGCAAUGAAAAGAGUCCAGUUCAUGACGCCCCUGAGAACAUGGAACAUGCUUGUUUGUGUGUGUGUGGCUUUCUUGAAUGUUUACAUUUCAUGAGAUGAUAUUGUUUGUAUCUUUAGGUAUUUAAGUAAAUUCAUUUUAUUGUGCAUAGUGAUGGGUGAUCUCCCACAUAAAUUGUAAACAACUUUUGUAAUGUUUAUUUUGUGAUUGGAUAGGGAAAUUAUUUAAAGAGCAAAUUUUACUCCUACAUCUGAAAAGCAUGUCUCAUAUCUUCAACAGAUUUCAUCCUGGUUCGCAAGUUUGUUUUGUUGGUGUUUAUUUUAUGAGAAUUUCAUGUAUUUUAAGAGUGUAUUCUGGAACAGUUUUCAAAAUAUUGGUAUAGCAGACCUCCAUGUUACAAUUUUCUCCCCUUUUCAGUUUUCCUACUUUUAUUUUGCCCUCUUUAUUUCUGAAUCAUCUUUAUAAUCCAUUUUUCAAUUAAACUUAAGUGUUGUGGAGUGUGAUGGCAGAAUAAGAUGAGUACUUAUGAUCAAUCUCUAAAAUUCCCAUUGCUCAAAAUCUGUUCGAAGGUCAUGGCUUUAUUAAGUUUGUCCCCUGGCCCCCUGUUCUCUAUCACUCUUGUACCAACAGCCCAUACACAUGAGGUUGCCUAUUUUACUCUGCCGGAGCAAUGUAUAAAUAUAUUUUGCCAGCAGUGUAAGUUAUGGGACACAUCUGAGUGUUUGGGUUGUAAAUCAAUCUGCAGCUUGAAAUUAAAUCUGCAGCAACACCUAGCUAUAUUAACGUACAGUCAGAAUCCUCCCACUACUAGCUAAAAGUACAGCGCUUCUUCAUUAACUGGGAUGUAAAUGGGUUAACAUUGUAUAACGUAGGUUUUCUGUAAUAUGUUGUUACUUUUCUAGGCGGUGUUUCAGAGGUGGCUCUUCUUCAUGUGCCUCAAUUUCUCGGUGUGUGAGCAGCCACCCAUAAUUGUAGUUGAACUGUAUCCUUUUUGUGUAUAGAUUUUUCCCUUUUUUUUUUGUUCUUCCUGCAAGUUUGGUUUGUUAAAGCUAUUUAUACUUUAAGCUUACACUUCAGGUUGGAACUUCAGCCCUCCUUAAACAUCAGACCCAGGAACAUGCUGCCUGUAUGUUUUUUUUCUUGCCUUUUUUCAUGACCACACUUGUGAUCCUGUCACUGUUAUUCAGCAGAUCCAUUUAGUUUUUGCUGACUUGCAGGAAUGAGACAAAACUUUGAAGAAUAUGUUAUCUUUACAGACAGGAAUACUUAGCCUGGUUUGAAUCCCCCCCCCCAUCUUUUUCUAAAAUACAGCUUUACAUUCUGCAGUCUUAUUAUUCAUUUGGCAUGUUCCCCUUGUAUUGUAACUCGCCCUUUCCCCAGAUGUUCUGUGACAUGCUUCCAGUAUUGAGGAUAAAUUAUUACAUGUAAUAAACUGACUUGUUAAUAUGUGAAUUCUUGUAUAAAUGAGUACACUGUACUAUAUUGUAAAAAAAUAAAAACAAAACAAAAAUG